AUGAACCUCGCAAGUGCGCUGACUGGUGGCUUUGCCACGGACAUUGGUAUUGUUCAGAGCACGGUCAAUUUGGGCAAUCAAUUGAUGUUCAUGGGCAUCGUGCUCUUGGAGAUCCCUUGUAACAUGGCACUUCAACAUCUCGGACCGAGAAAAUGGAUGUCUGCACAAGUGUUCCUCUUCGGUCUGAUUGCAACUCUGCAAGUCUUUAUUAAGAACAAAACUGGUUUUCUCGUCUCACGCUUAGCACUCGGCUUUACAGAAGCAGGCUACAUCCCGGGCGCAAUCUACACACUGUCCACCUGGUAUACGAGAGGAGAACUUGCCAAAAGAGUUGCAAUAUUCUUCUUUGGUAUGUUUGGUGGCAACGCCAUCAGCCCUGUGCUUGCAUCUGGAAUAUUAAAACUUGACCAUGCUCAGGGUCUCCGCGGUUGGCAAUGGUUAUUUCUCAUUGAAGGUCUCUUUACUAUAUUAGUCUCGUUCCUUCUGGCUAUGUUACUGCCUGGGUCACCCGAAAACCCUCGACCGCUUCUAACUCCCGGUGUCAUACGUUUCUCAAAAUCUCACAGCGAGAUCUUGAAAUUCCGACUCGAGGACGGCGGUGAUGAGAAGCGCAAUGGAGCUCAAGGUUUGCGCAUACCACUCAAAAUAGUCUGGAAGACGAUCUCGGAAUACCGCCGCUGGCCACAUUUUGUGUCAACUUUUGCUGUUUUCUCCUGCUGGAGUCCUCUCACAACAUAUAUGCCAUCGAUCAUGGUAUCUCUUGGUUUUGAUCCGAUCCCAGCGAAUGCUCUCGCUGCCGUUGGCGCUUUUAUGGCGCUUGGAGUCGUCCUCAUGUUCGCAUACAUCAGCGAUAGGACCAACCGUCGUGGUGCCACAGUCAUUCUCGCACAAGUCAGUUAUCUGGUUACACUCAUCGUCGCACGCCAAGUCGAAGCAAAGGUCGGAAGAUGGUCUCGCUGGGGAGUAUGGACGGCGGUCAAUGCAUUUGCGGUUGGCUUUCAUCCCAUUCAUAACUCUUGGAUGCAGUUGAACUGCGAAGACCCUAAGGAAAGAAGCAUAAGCAUUGCCAUGUGGGUCAUGUCCGCUAUUGGUGGGUUGAUGGUUGGCACACAGUACUAUCAGGGAAAUGAUUCUCCUCUAUAUCUCACCGGCCUUAGAACUCAGAUAGUUAUGGUGUCCGUUGGGAUUGUUUUCGCUGCUAUGCAGAUCGUCGUCUACGUCAUUCAUAACAGGCGAGUCAUAGAAGGCAAGCAGGUUUCAACGAAUGGGCUGAAGCAUGUGAUAUUUACACCAUAG